AUGUUAAGGACUAAUAAGAGGCAGAGUUUGAGAAAGCUAUUCACCUUAAUACCGAGACGGUAUGCUUCAUUAGCUUCAUCAAAUGGUAUAGAUACCUCGAUUUUACGAAAAUAUCCAGUGGGUUUAAAACAAUAUGGGUUUGAGAUUAUAAACACACAGUUAAUAGAAGAGUUUUCUAUAGUGGCGGUGUUAUUGAAAAAUGAGGUGAAUGGCUCACAACAUUUGCAUUUAGAUGCUCAUAAUGAUAAUAACAAUGUAUUUUCAAUAGCAUUUAAAACAAAUCCUCCAGAUAAUACAGGAGUUCCACAUAUUUUAGAGCAUACUACAUUAUGUGGUUCUAAAAAAUUUCCUGUAAGAGAUCCAUUUUUUAAAAUGAAUAACAGAAGUCUUAGUAAUUUUAUGAACGCAAUGACUGGGCAUGAUUAUACAUUUUUCCCAUUUGCUACAACAAACGCUAAAGAUUUUGAAAAUUUAAUGGACGUUUAUUUAUCUUCAGUUUUUGAACCAUUAUUGAAUUAUAAUGAUUUUUUACAAGAAGGUUGGAGAAUUGAAAAUUCGAAUCUUACUGAUAUAAAUUCUAAUUUAGAGUUUAAAGGAAUUGUUUGUAAUGAAAUGAAAGGUCAAUAUUCAAAUUCUAUGUAUUAUUUUUAUAUUAAAUUUUUGGAAUCAAUAUACCCUUCAUUAAACAAUUCUGGUGGAGAUCCUUUGAAAAUGACUGAUUUAUCUUAUGAGGAUUUGUUACAAUUUCACGCAACGAACUAUCAUCCAUCAAAUGCUAAAACUUUCACUUAUGGAAAUUUACCUUUAUCAGAAAAUUUAAAAAGAUUAAGUGAGUAUUACAAACAAUUUGGUAAAAGAUCACCUAACAACGUCGUCAAAAAACCCAUCUUCGUGCAUGAUUCAAACAAAACCUUUUUCGAAGUUAAAAUCCCAGGUCCGUUAGAUAGUAUGAUAGAUAAAGACAUUUCAGAACAGUUCAAUUCCUCAAUAACUUGGAAUUUGGGUGAUCCAUUGGACCCAAAGAUGCAUUAUACUUUAUUUAAAUGGAAAAUCUUGGGAUCUUUAUUAUUUGAUGGACAUAAUUCACCAUUUUAUCAAAAUCUUAUAGAAACGGGGUAUUCUGAAGAUUUUUCAGCUAAUUCUGGAAUAGAUUCCACUACAGCUAUGUUUUCAUUCACCGUUGGAUUGAAUUAUUUGACUGAAGCAAAAGUAGCUGAAUUGGAGACUAAGAUUUUGGAUAUAAUAAAGAACGACGUGAUUCCAAAAUUAAAAUCAGAGGACAAGUCUUACAACGAUAGAGUCGUAGCAUUGUUACAUCAAAUUGAAAUUGGUUUUAAAAAACACAAACCAGAAUUUGGAUUUGGUUUAUUAAGCUCAUUAGUUCCAUCUUGGAUAAAUGGGUCAAAUCCUAUCGAUAUAUUAAAAGUUGAAACUAUCUUGAGGCAGUUUAAAGAAGAAUAUAAUGAAAAAGGACUAAAGAUGUUCCAUGAAAUGUUGGAUAAUAGCGUAUUGAAUGACAAAACUCAAAAGUUCAAGUUUACGAUGUAUCCUGAAAAGGACUUCAAUACUAACCUAAACAAAUUGGAAACCAAAAAUCUUGAAAAAAAAGUGAAAGAGCUUACUGAGGAAGACAAGAACAUUAUCUAUGAUAGAAAUUUGAAAUUAGCUGAAUCGCAAAAGGAAGAGCAAGAUGCAGAUGUUUUACCUACAUUAUCAAUUGAAGACAUUUCAAAAAAGGGUGAUUUUUAUUCCAUUGAAUUUUCCCAGCUUGUGAACUCGAAGAAUCAAAAUCAGGACGCGAUCAGUAAAAGAAUAGUUGACACAAAUGGACUAAUAUAUGCUUAUGCACUCAAAGACAUAUCUUACCUACCGACUAAUUUGUACAAAUAUUUACCACUUUUCAAUAACUGUUUGACCAAUUUAGCUGGAACCUCAAAAACAUCAAUCACAGACUUAGAAACUAAAAUUCAAAUGUUAACUGGUGGAGUGUCCUUCAACAAUAAAAUUACUGUUGAUCCAUAUAAUAUAGACAAAAUGAAACUUCAUUAUCUGUUAUCUGGGUUAUCAUUAAAACAAAAUUCUCGGCAUAUAUAUAACCUAUGGUAUGAAAUUUUAACAGAGACCAAGUUCGAUAUCAAUGAUGGACUUGUGCUUGAUAAAUUAAACACUUUAAUUAAAAAUAUGGGACAGAAUCAAAUAAAUAAUAUUGCUGAUCGUGGUCAUUCUUAUGCCUGUGGCUUAAGUAAUUCUAGGUUAACUCCCGCCAAGUAUGUUGGUGAAUUGACUGGUGGUUUGGAUCAAGUUCAAUUUAUUAUGGAAAUGAACAAAAAAUUAGAUGAGCAAGGAAAAGAAUAUUUGAGUAAUGAAAUUUUACCAAAUUUGAAAAAGAUCCAAGAAUAUUUAUUGAUGAAUGAAAAUCAAUUCAAAUAUAGAAUUGUUGGUGAUAAAGAGAUAGUGGAUCAAAAUGUAAAGUUAAUUAGUAAAUUUGAUCAAUUGAUCAAUGAAAAAGCAGUUGGACAAGGAAUAGUAGAUAACUUGAAUAAUUUAGAUUCAUUACUUUCAAACUUUAAUUAUAACCAACCAACUGAAAAGACAUUAGUUAAUUUACCUUUUCAAGUUGGAUAUUCUUGUUUAGCUAAAAAAGGAUCAUCUUUUGCCUCAAAACAAGGAGCUCAUUUACAAAUAUUAUCACAAUUGUAUACUUUUAAAAAUCUUCAUCUGAAAAUAAGAGAAUCCAAUGGUGCAUAUGGAGGUGGGUUAAAUUAUGAUGGAUUAGGUGGUACAUUGAAUUUUUAUUCAUAUAGAGAUCCAAAUCCCAUCAAAUCAAUUUCAACAUUUGAAUCUUCUUUCCCAUAUGGAUUAACUGCAGAUUGGUCAGAAAAAGAUUUGACUGAAGCUAAAUUAAGAAUUUUUCAACUGAUUGAUGCUCCAAUAAAUAUUGCUAAUCAAGGAUCUAGUAAAUUUUUUGAUGGGAUUAGCGAUGAAAUGAGACAAGAAAGAAGAGAAAAUUUUUUGAGUACUAAUGUACAAGAUUUGAGAAAUGUAACUCAAGAAUUUUUGGUUGAGAAUAAAAACAAUUCUAUUACUGUUAUUGGUAAUAAUGAAUUAUUAAAUGUGGAUAAUGACUGGAACGUGAAGAACAUGAAGUUAUGA